AGAAACAUAACGAACGAGAAGACGACAGAGAAGAGGAUUGUUUACAUGACUUUUAUUACUCUUUUUUUCCUAAAUUAAUAAGGCUGACACGAUGUCAUUAAAGCCUCGUGCGGUGAAUUUUGAAGAGGUAUGGGGGGACCUGGUGGAGACAGUGCAGCAAGUGGUGACCAUGGGCUCAAUCAAGAGGAGCGUCUGGAACACCAGAUUUUCUGAUGUGUACUCCCUAUGUGUGGCGUUUCCAGAGCCCCUCGCCGAGAGACUUUAUACAGAGACAAAAAAACUACUGGAGAAUCAUGUCAGGCAGCUUUAUUUUGAGGUGGAGGAGCAGAGUGAGGAGAACCUUCUUGCAGAAUAUCAUCGUUUUUGGAUUCAGUUCAGCAAAGGCACACAGUACCUUAACCAUUUGUAUUCAUAUUUAAAUUCGCAACACAUCCAGAAGCAGAAGUUUAGUGACGCAGACCUUACAUAUGGUUCAAUGCAGAUGGACAUGUCAGAGCAGCUACUAGAAAUUGGGGAGCUGGGUCUGGAGAUCUGGCAGCGGGAGAUGAUACGGCCGCUGCAGAAGCGCCUGGUGGGCGUCUUGCUCAUGGGAAUCCAACAAGAUCGGACGGCAACUGCCACCGAUGCCCCAACCUCUACCAUCCGUGGGGUCAUCCACUCAUUUGUUGAUGUUAAUAUGUAUAAAAAGAAGUCUACUUUACAGCUUUAUGAAUCCAUAUUUGAAGGUGCGUUGUUAAGAGAAACAGGGUCAUUUUACCGAAAGGAAGCUUCAGCCUUACUUCAAGACUGCAAUGUUUCACAGUAUAUGGAAUGUGUUAUUGCACGGUUAGCAGAAGAGGAAUUAAGAGCUACCAAGUUUUUGCCACCAAGUUCUCACCAGAGAGUUGUGAAAGAAGUUCAGGACAGAAUGGUGGCCGACCACCUGGCAACUGUGCAUGCGGAGACUGGCUCCAUGGUGAGUGCGGAGAGGACCAGAGAUCUCUCCAACAUGUAUACCUUGCUGCGGCCGGUCCCCAAUGGGCUGACAGUGCUUGUUCACCAUGUCAAGGAUCACAUCAAGCAGCAGGGACUUCAAGCUGUUACCAGUCUCAAAGGAGAUAAUAUUCCAGCUCAGUUUGUGGAAAGUCUAUUAGAAGUGCACAAGAAAUACCGCACUAUGAUUAUGGACGUUUUCCACAAUGACCAACAGUUUGUAGGGGCAUUAGACAAAGCCUUUGAAAGUGUUGUAAAUCAUAGAGGAAACACCAAAGUAGUGUGCCGAUCCCCAGAGUUACUCGCAAGAUACUGUGAUACGCUUCUCAAAAAGUCUACCAAAGGCCUGAAUGAAAGUGAGGUUGAUGACAAGCUUGGCCAUAGUAUCACCAUCUUUAAGUACAUCGACGACAAAGAUGUAUUUCAGAAGUUCUAUGCACGGAUGUUGGCCAAGAGGCUGAUACAGCAACAGAGUCAGUCAAUGGAUUCUGAAGAAGCCAUGAUUAACAAACUCAAGCAAGCAUGUGGGUAUGAGUACACCAGCAAGCUUCACCGAAUGUUCACUGACAUGUCUGUCAGUUCUGAUCUAAACCAAAAGUUUAAUGAAUUUUUGAAAUCAAAGGGAAAAUCCCAUGAACUUGGGAUUAACUUUUCAAUAAAUGUUCUUCAGGCAGGGGCCUGGCCUCUAGGUCAAACAAGUAUCACUCCUUUUGCUGUGCCUCAAGAAUUAGAAAAGUCUGUACAAACGUUUGAAACCUUCUAUCACAGUCACUUCAGUGGUAGGAAACUUACUUGGCUGCAUCAUUUAUGUCAAGGGGAGUUGAAAGUGAGCCACAGCAAGAGAACGUACCUCAUCACCAUGUCCACCUUCCAGAUGGCAAUGUUGCUCAUGUUUGAGAAGGUGGAUAGCCUUACGUGCAACGAACUGCAGACCCACACACACCUCAAUGACGAGCAGUUUAAUAAAUUUUUACAGUCUCUCUUGGAUAGCAAGCUCCUCAUGACUGAUGGUGAGGAACUUCGUGGGGAGACCGUUGUACGUCUUAAUACAGACUACAGUAAUAAAAGAACAAAAUUCAAGAUCAGUGUUGCACCUCAGAGAGAACAGCAACACGAAGCAGAACAAACUCACUCUGCUGUGGAGGAGGACCGAAAACUCUACCUGCAGGCUGCAAUCGUUAGGAUAAUGAAAGCCCGCAAACUACUCAAACAUACAAUGCUCAUACAAGAGGUGAUCAGUCAGUCUCGAGCAAGAUUUGCACCACAGAUUCCAAUGAUCAAGAAAUGCAUAGAGUUACUUAUUGAUAAACAGUACCUUGAACGCACUCCAAAUUCAACAGAUGAAUAUAGCUAUGUGGCCUAAUUCUUAGCUUUGUUAGUUGUUUUUCAUAAUUUUUUUUGGCAAGACCAGUCAUGAAAGGUCUUCAGAAAGGAUUGCCCUGAAACUGUUUCUUGGAGACUGAUACACCUACAUAUAUAUCUUUGGCUUCACUCUUGGGUGGGGCUUGUACAGUGUGUUGCCUGUUUGGAGGUGAAUUUUGUACAUUGAUUUAGGUGUUAUAUAAAUUUUCCCCCCUUUGCCUGAAGGAAUAGCUGAUUAUUUGAGAUACCCUGAUGUGUAAAUAGCCCAAACAGUGGAGUGAUGAUGAAGUUGACGUGGGUUGUAAUGCUGCCUCUCAUAUUGGACUCUGGACAAGGGCCAAGCCCAGCUGUGUGUUGAAGUCAUGGGAACGCAAAGAUAAAACUAAAAUGUUGGUUAGGUUUCACUAAUAUUUAGUAAAUAUUACCCUUGUA